CUCGGGAUUGCUUCUGCUACACACGCUCACUCUCCCCGGCUCUUUCAUAUCUAUUUUUAUACCUUGCUUACCUCCAAAGCUAUCUUAAUUAUACCUAACUCCUCCAAUUUUCUCUGCAUACUUGAGAGUUUGUGUUUGAAAUUUUGUAGUAAAUAAGGUACUCUUUUUUUUUUUUUGCUGGUGUGUGUGUGGAUGUGUGUGCUUGUGGGAUAACAGCGACAUGAAGGCUUGAUGUUAUUAAAUUUUGGCGGAAAUGUGAGUGAAAAUCUGUGUGUUUGAUGAAGAUGGAGAAAGCUAGGACGGAGAAGCAAUCGAUGACGUUUGAUGAGUUGUCAAUGGAGAGAAGUAUGAGUUUUGUUACAGCAUUACAGGAACUUAAGAACCUCAGACCUCAACUGUAUUCUGCAGCAGAGUAUUGUGAGAAGUCAUAUCUUAACAGUGAGCAGAAGCAGAUGGUUCUGGACAAUUUGAAGGAUUAUGCUGUACGAGCUCUAGUCAAUGCCAUUGAUCACCUCGGUACUGUUGCCUACAAGUUAAGUGAUAUUCUGGAGCAACAAGCGUCGGAAAUUUCAUCCAUUGAUUUGAAACUUACAUGUCUAAAUCAGCAACUUCUCACUUGUCAAACAUACACGGAUAAAGAAGGUCUUAGGCAGCAGCAGUUAUUAGCCAUCAUCCCAAGGCAUCACAAACAUUAUACUUUGCCAAGUUCUGUUAACAAGAAGGUGCACCUCAGUCCACAUACACAGCCAGAUCCUAGGCAAGCCAUACAACUUAGAGGUCGUGCUUCAGUUGCAAAAACACUUUGUUGGCAUUUGGCAUCAGAAACCAAGUCAACCUUGAAAGGCUCCCCCCGCGGUAUUAUGAGCAUUGAGGACUCAAAACUGACUGGAAAAGUAUCUGGUGUAUUCAAGUCGUUAGAUGCUCAAGGGAAAACCCGGAUGAAGUCUACACCAGCAACAAGGGUAGCUAUGCAAACCCUGGGUGUCACACGACGAGAUUCUUUGGAGGGCUCCAAAUCCUCAAUUCCUCAUAAGUCACUUGAAAAUCCAACUAAAAAGGAGACUGUUCCUCCCCCUGUCCGCAGCAAGAGCAUGCUUUCAGCUCUCUUUGUCAAGCAAAAGGCACCAAUCUUGAGAACAAGUGCAUGAAUACCUGAGCAAGCAAGCUGAAAAUACUUAACAGAUUCAUCAAAUAUUUCUCCUUGUUGACGGAAACCGUUCAUAUUCAUCUGUUGUGCCUUUCUAAUAAAAUCAUUUAUUAGUCUUCUUUGGAUUAAUAAACGAGCGAUAAGAGUAAAGGGUUUUCUUGCGCA